CAGUUUUUCAACUACCAAGUACCAUGUCUGCCUCUUUGUUAAGUGAAGAAUCACGCUGAACACAAAACACACUCCCCAACUCUGAGCUCCUUUUGUCGUCUUCUCCAGCUUUUUUCCCAACAGUUCCAUUUCUCAAUUAUAACUCACUCACCCCUUUGACCACCAUUUUUCACCCACACCCAAAAAAAAAAAAUCCAAAUUUUCCUCUUCUGAAAUUCCAACACUCCACGGCCCAAUUUGCUAUUUCAUCGCCGGAUUGCGAGCUUCGAUUUCCGUACGGCUAUCCGGAUCAAAUGGGAAGUUCAGUGCCCACGUCAGAAGAUUCAUAUGAAAGUGACACUGAAAUGGACGAGUCUGUGGAGGAAGCUUACAAAGAGCUAAAGAGUGGAAAACAUCAUGUGAAACUUUGGGAUGGAACUUUUACUUGCCCAUAUUGCCAGAAGAAGAAAAAGCAAAACUAUCUCUAUAGAGAUCUACUCCAACAUGCUUCUGGGGUGGGAAACAGUCCUUCCGACAAGAGAAGUGCAAAACAAAAGAUCACUCACUUGGCUUUGGCCAAGUUUUUGGAGAAAGAUUUAGCGGGUGGAGUUGGUCCCUCGGAACCCGCAGGCGAGGAGAAAGCCCCUGCCCCUGCCCCUGCCUCUGCCCCUGCCGCUGCCCCUGCCCCUGCCGCUGCCCCGGUUGUUAGUUGUGACAAUGAUGACAAGUUUGUGUGGCCUUGGAUAGGGAUUGCGGUUAAUCUUCCCAUUACACAGACAGAAGAUGGGCGAUUUGCCGGAGGAAGUGGGUCUAAGUUUAGGGAUGAGCUGAUAAGCAGAGGGUUCAAUCCAACUCGAGUGCGUCCUCUGUGGAAUUACCGAGGUCACUCAGGAACUGCUGUCGUGGAAUUCAACAAAGGCUGGCCUGGAUUACAUAAUGCUCUGUCAUUUGAGCGAGCUUAUGAGGCAGAUCGUCAUGGGAAAAAGGAUUGGUAUGCCAAGAGUGAUGAAAAAUCUGGUAUUUAUGCUUGGGUUGCUCGCGCCGAUGACUACAACUCAGCUACCAUAGUUGGAGAACACUUGAGGAAGAUUGGAGACCUUAAAAGCAUUUCUGAAAUUAUGGAGGAAGAAGCCAGGAAGCAGGAUAGACUCGUAUCUAACCUUACAAGCAUCAUUGAGGUAAAGAACAAACAUUUGGAAGAGAUGGAAGUGAAGUUUAAGGAAACCUCAAAUUCCAUUGAUGCUUUAAUGGCAGAGAAAGAUAGGCUCCAUCAAACUUAUAAUGAAGAGAUUAGAAAGAUCCAAUCAAGUUCACGAGAUCACCUUCAGAGGAUUUUGAAUGACCAUGAAAAACUUAAGUCUCAAUUGGAAUCUCAAAAAAAGGAGCUUGAGUUGCGUGGCUCGGAGCUGGAGAAGCGUGAGGCUGUUAAUGAUAGUGAAAGAAAAAAGCUUGCUGAGGAGCUUGAAAAGAAUGCCAUCAGAAAUAGUUCUCUUGAAAUGGCUGCUUUGGCGCAAGAGAAGGCUGAUGAAAAAGUGAUGAAAUUGGCAGAAGAUCAGAAGAGGCAAAAAGAGGAGCUCCACAAUAGAAUAAUCCAGCUAGAAAAGAAACUGGAUGCAAAGCAAGCGCUUGAACUUGAAAUUGAGAGGCUAAGAGGCUCACUGAAUGUUAUGAAACACAUGGGUGAUGAUGAUCUAGAAGUUAUUCAAAAGGUGGAGGCAAUACAGAAAGAGUUGAGAGAAAAGGAAGGAGAAUAUGAUGAUUUAGAAGCUUUGAAUCAAACUCUGAUUAUAAAGGAGCGUAAGUGCAAUGAUGAGCUGCAGGAGGCUCGGAAGGAAUUGAUCAGUGGCUUGAAAGAAACAUCAAGUCGUGCCACAACUGGUGUCAAACGAAUGGGAGAACUUGACACUCAGCCAUUCCUGGAAUCGAUGAAGAGAAAGUAUAGUGAGGAAGAAGCAGAAGAUCGAGCGAUGGAGCUGUGCUCGUUGUGGGAUGAAUAUCUUAAGGACCCAGACUGGCAUCCUUUCAAAGUUACCAUGGUUGAUGGAAAACAUAAGGAAAUUAUAGAUGAUAAAGAUGAAAAAUUGAAAGCUUUGAAAAAGGAAAUGGGUGCUGAUGUUUAUAACGCGGUGACAAGAGCUUUAAUUGAGAUAAAUGAAUACAACCCAAGUGGCAGAUAUAUUACCCCUGAACUUUGGAACUGCCAAGAAGGGAGAAGGGCUACUCUAAAGGAGGGAGUUGAAGUGAUACUUAACCAAUGGAGAACAAAGAAACGCCUACUGGAAAUGGAUUGAAGGACAGUGAGAUACAAUCCCAGGAGCUCCGUACCAUGCCGGGGAAAUAAGUUGAGUGCCAAGAUGGAAUAAUAAUCUUUGAAGCUCGAAUGGUGAAACAGAAGAUGGAUGGGAUCACCCAUGUCGUUUCUGGUCAUGUACUCUUUAUGUAUAAGGCAUCUACUCACAAUUAUCUCUGUGUAUCGCUGGGUUUUAUAACCUACGAACUUGUGAUGUGUGGUUCUGGAAAACUUGCUGGGAAGAACUGCAUUUGAGCUAUCGUGGGUUUUAGCAUUUUUAGUGAUAUUGACGUUCAAAUUUUCAAUGUGUAGGAGCGGACGUGGUUGGAAAACUUGUUUGGCCAUCUAAUCCAUGUAACAUUAUAAUUUCCUUGGUCCUUUUUA